AUGGCGGAUAAGAAUCACUUCCCCCCCACGCCUCCGGGUCCGAACGAUGAGGAUAUGCCUUGGCUGGACCCUGCUCUGAUAGAUCCCAAUCUGUUUGGUCUUGCCCAGCCCAAUUCACCAUUAGCUUCCCGACCGCCCAUCGUUCAGACCCACGAUCCAACCCUGGCUCCAGCCAUCAACCCCAUCACAGAUGAACCCAUCGUCUCUCCCACUGUUCUUCCUCGGAACCGACCUGCCCGUACUUUGGGUUUUCCGGUUCCUACCCCUGCAUAUCCCGAUGGAUAUCCCGCUCUUGAUCCUGGAUAUCUAAUUCCUAAUCAAGCUCUUCCUCCUCUUGUAGUCUCGAAUCCUUCUCCUGCUCCUUCGGGUCCCUCUCUUUUGCCCAAUCCUGAUCCCGCCAGUGUUUUGAAUCAAAACCCUUUCAUAAGUCCUGCGGCUUCUGAUCCAGGUGCUACCAAGGGCAAGACCAAGGGCAAGAAGAGGGGUCGAGAACCAUCACCCAGUGCUGAUAAGCCCCGUCGUACCCGAAGAAAGACUACAAAGUCUGCCGCCGUCGGAGAUGACGGCAACCAAGUUGACGAUCCGGUCCCAAACGACAACACACCAGUCUCUGGGAGAACCAGAAGCCGCGCAACAACGAGUUCCAAGAGCAAAGCAAGCAGCGGGACUAAAACACCCGCGACUUCCAAGCCUGCGAAGCGUGGGAGGCCUGGGAAGGGCCCCAGCAAAGCCGUCAAGAAUGUUUACAUCAGGCCCUCACGGCUUAACGUUCCCACCGAUGACAAUGGCCCUCUCCUAGUUGUAAAGAGGCCGAAACGUGUCGUGGGAGAGGGCAAGGACAAGGACGAGAAUGUUGGCAUUGAUAAAAACAAGCAGACCGCUGCAGAGGUGCGAGGUAACCACGAAAUCAUCGCAGAAGGGGCCAUAUGCGACUUCUGCGCCAAUCAUCCCAUCGGCAAGGCCAUGUUCACCGCAAACCCAGUAUGCGACUGGGAACAAAUCCCAAGUUUAGGUGCGGAUAUUUUCAAUAGGGAGUGUGGCAACUGCGCAAACUAUCGCUCUCGAACCCGACAGCCCGGAGACAUCGCUACCGAAAACGACCACAUGUGCCGCGUCCCAGGCGUCAAGACCCCUCUGGUCGAUUUCAAACAUAAGAAAUACGGCGAUCAUGAUCCUCCAACCUUCGCAGAGCCUACAUGCGACCGUUGCUCGAACAAAAGAACGUCGGAGACUUGCGAUGUAGAUGCUAUGCUCGGCUACUAUUGCUCUCACUGUCGGCGCGACCAGCGUUGCUGUGUUGAUGACAACCUUAUGCCCAUGAAACGGCCCAAGAAGUUGGCCCGUCCAGCAUGGUAUCGACACGCGUGCGACCGCUGUCUUGCGCGCCAACUGGAAUUCAAGGCGCUGAAGGGAGAUCAGUGCUGCGACUGGAUCACUGACAGGCGACUGUGGGAUACGCAAAGGCAAGGCUGUACAAGAUGCCUCCAAGACGGUGCGCCGUGUAUGGACGACAAAAGCAACAUCAUCGCACCACCUUCGCAUGAGCCUGCCCCGACAACUUGGCGUAUACGCGACAAGUUUGAGGUGGACGAGACGAAGAAGUUGAAACACCGGAAGAUAAAAUGGUACGAGUACGUGGAAGCCACCACCAGUACCAUAUGGCGCAAGAAGUGCACAGGUUGUCAAUGGGCUGGAUCAGCAGCUGAGUGCCUGAUCAUGUGGCAUCAGUCGGGUUACGCUUGCGAGCGCUGCACGCAAUUCGGUAUCGACUGCACCACCUAUGACUACGCCAACGAUGAAUGGACAAGAUAUCCAAUCUAUGACUUGAGCAGAGUUGGUUUCGGCCAGUAUGCUCCAUACAUGGUUUGCAAAUCGUGCAAAGACAAUGGACGCAAUUGUGAUCGAAUGAGACCGUGUGAUUCUUGCACGAGCACCGAUUCCACAUGUGAUGCUUUAAAGAAGGACAACGCAUAUGGCUGCAUAUCCCGGUACAAGGUUGCUGCGCAUGGAAUGGGCGACUCAGCUCCACCCCCUGGUCCGCUGUAUUACCUGGCCUUGGGGUACGGUCCUGGAGGCGUCAACGAUAUCAAAGAUGGACGAAGUGUCGAGCAUUGGAUUGGUCCUAUCGCUCCCAUAUAUGGCAUUAGCACUGUCGCAGAUGGGGCAACUCAUUAUCGAGCCGUCGCCGACUUGCAUCGACACCAUCGACCACCAAACAACGUGAUUCCCCCAGGCAUAUCCGCCCCCUUGAUCAAAGCCGAUGGCACGUUAGGCGAUUUCAAAGACGUGCAGUCCAGAGAACUGACGGCCGAACAGCUGGGGGCGCUCAUCAGUCAAUUCUGGCCAGGCUACCAAGUUCCUAUAGAUAAUGGACCGGUAUAUCGGAUGAUUUGGAAUUCGCUCCGCGAUGCCCAGAACGCAAUGAUGACACAGGCUGGGAUAGACCCGUCUGUUGCACCGGCAAUGCCACGUACCGUUGGAGGAAACCCGGUACUCGCUGACCAAGAACCAUUCCACAGUGGGCUGCUGGGUCUUCCCGCAGGACAAAACGCGGCCCUUCCAGUUCCAGCCCAGCCACCAACCCCAGACUUCCUUAAACAAGCACCUGAUGGUGGAUUGGAUCUGAACGACUUAUACGGCGGUGAUGGUGGCGGUAAUGAUUUUGUUCUUCCUAAUCUCGAUCAGCAGCCAGGGUUCGAUGAACCGCAGCAGGAAGAAGAAAACUCAUAUGCAGCCGUUGAUGCCAUGAUCGCCUCGGGGGCAUUCGGAUAUCAACAAGACGGUGAUGAUCAGCAGGCUCAGCAGGCUCAACCCCCAGCACAAUCGAACCUGGGCAUUGAUAUCGCCAUGAUGAACCAAGACGAUUUAAGAACGAUGUUCGGCCUUGAUGAGGAUCAACCUCGUGGCCGCUUCAUUGAGAAACGCAGUUACACUGGGACAUCCAAACCUGACAGACGACGGAAACCUUUCGCAAACCGAGUCCCUGGGGACGCAGGCACGAAGGAGGAGAGCUUCAACCCCUUUCUGGGCUUCGUCUUGGAUGCGAAUCAGAAGCCGCGCCUCAAGGCAAAGGAGAAAAGCUCAAGAUGGAAAGUCUUUAACCCUCUCGAGGGCCUCGAUAUGGAAAAGUGGCACAGAUCAAGCAACCAGCCCGAUGGCGCAUCGUCAGAGCCACGCCUCUUUUCUGUUGUCAACGGUCAAUGGAAGCAGCCCGCGCCCCAGGCCAAUGUCUUGGACGAUGUCCCUUACCAGCAAAGAGGCGGGAGAUCACAACAAUGUUGUGCCGAGCCAGGAAAUGGUGGAAUCGGUCGUUGUAGCUCUCAGAACGGCAGUGGGCAAGAUCAAGCCGUUUGCCAAAGUCUUGCGCACCGCAGCACCAUGCCGGGCUACUUCCCAGUUUGCGAUGAUUGUAUCCAGGGUAACGUCAAAGACAUGUUCCGUCAUGACCACAACCCCAUCACCGAGGACGAACUUCUCAGCAUGCGUGCUUACUUAUGCAACGAUUGUGCUAGCCACAUGAGCAGCAGUGUCCAGAACGCAGCCGAGUACAGAGCCAUUGGCGCCCGCCGGAUUUAUAGUGCGGUGGCUGACACGGAACAUUCUCAAAGUACUUACACACCCAACAAUGACCCAUCGCGAACUGUCGAAUUCUGCAACACAGAGGCAUUGACGGGUUGUUCAUGCGCAAACAGGUUGUUUGGAACAUCUCUCUGCAGAUUCCAUAGAUUGCGCUAUGCUGAAGAAGCACUCAAGUUCUCAGCCUUGAUGAAGGAAUGGCGACUUUCGUCUUUCAAGAAGGCGGUAUGCCCCGGCUGUCUCGCCCGGAAGCCUCUCGAUAAAGUCAAUCUAUCGGCAGAUUCCGGCGGUUUUCUGGACGGUGCACCCACAGCUUGGGCAUGUGUGAAUUGCAACGACUGGGUAGCAAACGAGAAGAACGACACGACCAACGAGCCAAGCCUCAUCGACAAGAAAUUAUGGAAUUCAAACAUUGGGCGUGAGCUUAUUGGUCCACGUCGAGGAGCAGUGCAUGGCAGGAGUCAUGAGAUAGAAGAUGUCGAAAUGGGUGGGACGUAA